UUCAAAAGGACUUCCUCCAGCUCUUUAGAUGAAAUAUAAGGUAAAAGAAUGCAGACAAGCAUGGAAAGUGAGGACACAAAGAAAAUACAAGGAAUGAAGACUGACCUGAACUUAUUAUUGGAGUGUCUGAAGUAUCAAAUGGACAAUGCUUUUUCGCAAAAGGAAGCUCUGGUCACUAUUCAUUCAAUUUGCCAACAAAACAGUAAUGCAGGUCUUUAUUUUCGGGAAAUUGGUGGUUUGAUGUUUGUAAAAGAUCUUGCAAAGUCAAGUGAACAUAGUAUGGUAAAAGAAGCAGCAUUAUAUACACUAGGAGCUGUUGCAGAACAAAAUGUUUACUGUCAGCAGACUUUGUGCACUUCAGAAUUGUUUGAAGACUUAACUUGGUUCUUAUCUAACAAUGAUUCAAACACAAAUUUGAAAAGAAUGUCUGUCUAUGUUAUUUUGGUUCUAGUUUCAAAUAAUAGGACUGGACAGACGCUUGUGAGAGAAACAGGUUGUAUUUCAGUUCUAUCACAGUUGUUCAGGACAGUUCUUUCAAAAUAUGAGUUGAAUUUGUCAGAUGAAAAUGUUUUCCAGAGUUAUCAGUUGUGGUCUUCAGUGUGUAGUACUCUGUGUGUCUGUGUCAACAAUCCUCAAAAUGAUGAAAAUCAAAUGCUUUGCUCUUCACUUUUUCCACAUGCUAAUGACUGGCUAAUAAAUUGCGCGAAACCUGAGAUAAUUCGCCCUAUUUGCUCAUUUAUUGGACUCACUCUUGCAAAUAACACAUACGUGCAGAAAUACUUUAUAUCUGUGGGUGGACUGGAUAUAUUGUCUCAAGUUCUUGUGCAGUUGGAAUCUGAUUCACACAAGACUCUUUCCAGUGCUAAGCUUGCAGUGGUGGUGACAAAGACAGUGGAUGCAUGUAUUGCUGAUAAUCCUACUUUUGGGGUAGUACUAUCCAAGUACCACAUUGUUUCAAAACUUCUGGCAUUACUGCUUCAUGAAAGUCUGGAUUCAGGAGAAAAAUUUAGUAUCAUACUUACUGUUGGUCAUUGUACAGAGGAUUGUGAGGAAAAUCAGUAUGACCUUUUUAAAAGCAAUGGGCUUCCACUCAUGAUACAAGUCUUAACUGAAUCUCAGAACGAGGAACUAAACAAAGCUGCCACUUUUGUGCUUCACAACUGCAAAAAAAUUACUGAGAAGUUAUCUCUAAGUCUAGGAGAAUAUUCUUUUGAUGAAAAUGAAGAACAAUUAAAGGACAUUAAUAUGAAAGAGAAGAAUCUUGAAGAUUACUGGAAGAAAGCGAAGGAAAUUCUACACAGAAUAGAACAGCUUGAAAGAGAAGGAAAUGAGGAAAGAGUACAAAGAGAAAAAUAUAAGGAUUAUGUUUCAUCUAUGAACAUAAAUAUUCAAAAUACAUUGAAACACCUCCAUGCAGAUAGCAGUGGUGGAGGUUCCAAAGCAGAAGAUAGGGAUAAAAGCCAGUCUAGAAAGCUUCAGAGUUAUAAGUCCCAUGAAGUCAUGUCCAAAGCAUGUACAAAUGAUGAUCAAAUGAAGACCCUGUUAAAGAGUGCAAAUCCAGUUAAUGCUUGUUAUAGGGAGAGUGAGCAAAAUAAGACUUUAUGUAAAGCCAAUUCAAGCUGCAAUCAAAACUUACGUGAAGAAACAACCUUUGAAAAAAAGAAUUUUGUUUCUCAAUCAAGCGACCAUAUUUUUAAACAUCCAACUCCUAUUGGCAAAAACACAAAGCAACAGUUACCAGUAACAGAUCCAUUGACAUUAUGUUCAGAUAUAAUAAAUAAAGAAGUCAUUGGUUUUCUAGCAACAGACAAUUGUUCCAAAAUAUUGAAGUAUAGAUGCUCAGGUUGCAUAGCAGUAGGAAAAUCCCUGAAUAGCCGAACUUUUAGCAAGCUGUUACACUCUUGCCCAUACCAAUGUGAUCGUCACAAAGUCAUUGUGGAAGCUGAAGACAGAUAUAAAAAUGGACUAAGGAAAUCACUUAUCUGUAACAAAAAAAUUCUGCUGACCCCACGUAGAAGAGGAAAACUCAAUAAUGAAUCUACUACCCCUGGAGGAAUAAAAAAAAGAAGAAUUCGUAAAAACUUUACUGAAGAAGAAGUAAAUUACCUUUUCAAUGGAGUUAAGAAAAUGGGAAAUCACUGGAAUUUAAUUUUGUGGUCUUUCCCCUUUCAGCAAGGACGGAAGGCUGUGGACCUUGCUCACAAAUACCACAAGCUGACCAAACGCCCCAAGUGUGUGGCUCCUUGAUUGGAAGACUUGUUAGUUUUUAGUUUGAUAUCUUAAAAUACAGU